AGCGGCAACAUGGAGGCGGCCGUCGGCGCCUCCGACGGCGGGGAGCAGGGCGGCGCGGGGCCCCGCGAGGACGCGACGCCCAUGGAUGCCUAUCUGCGGAAGCUGGGCUUGUAUCGGAAACUGGUCGCCAAGGACGGGUCGUGUCUGUUCCGGGCCGUGGCGGAGCAGGUCUUGCACUCUCAGUCUCGCCAUGUUGAAGUCAGAAUGGCCUGUAUUCACUAUCUCCGAGAGAACAGAGAGAAAUUUGAAGCGUUUAUAGAAGGGUCAUUUGAAGAGUAUUUAAAACGUUUGGAAAAUCCACAGGAAUGGGUUGGACAAGUGGAAAUAAGUGCCCUUUCUCUUAUGUACAGGAAAGAUUUUAUAAUUUAUCGAGAACCAAAUGUUUCUCCUUCACAAGUAACUGAAAAUAAUUUUCCUGAAAAGGUAUUACUGUGUUUUUCAAAUGGAAAUCAUUAUGAUAUUGUCUAUCCCAUAAAGUAUAAAGAGAGCUCUGCCAUGUGUCAGUCUCUCCUUUAUGAAUUGCUCUAUGAGAAGGUAUUUAAAACUGAUGUUAGUAAAAUCUUGAUGGGACUAGACACCUCCGAAGUAGCUGAUGAAAACAACAGUGAAAUAUCAGAUUCAGAGGAUGAUAGUUGCAAGAGUGAAGCUGCCGCUGCUAAUGAUGUGAAUGGGUUGAAAGCUUUGUCGAGUGAUCAGCACCCGAAAAACAAUGGGAACUCUCCUAACCUGCAUUUGUCUAGAAAGGUUCUUAAGUCACUCAAUCCAGCAGUCUAUAGAAAUGUGGAGUAUGAAAUUUGGCUGAAGUCUAAACAAGCUCAACAGAAACGUGACUAUUCCAUUGCUGCUGGCUUACAGUAUGAAGUUGGAGAUAAAUGCCAAGUUAGGUUGGAUCACAAUGGAAAAUUUUCUAAUGUAGACUUUCAAGGCGUUCACUCUGAGAACGGACCAGUUUUGGUCGAAGAACUUGGAAAGAAACACUCACCGAAGAAUCUCAAACCACCUCCCUCAGAAAGCUGGAACACAGUGUCAGGGAAGAAGAUGAAAAAACCUUCUACUUCCGGACAAAACUUCCAUCCUGACAUGGAUUACAGAGGGCCAAAGAAUCCAGGCAAGCCAGUAAAAGCCCCCUCAGCACUACCUCCUCGGCUGCAGCAGCCCUCAGGAGUGAGACAGCAUGGCUUCUCCACUCAUCCUGCAGGAUCUCCGUCUCAGAAACCCUCCAGUGAGCACAAAAAUCUUAGCAGGACACCCUCACAGAUCAUAAGAAAACCUGAUCGUGAGAGAGCUGAGGAUUCUGAUCACGCGAGUCGAGAAUCGAACUAUUUUGGCCUCUCCCCAGAAGAGCGCAGAGAGAAGCAAGCUAUAGAAGAAUCUCGUUUACUCUAUGAGAUUCAGAACAGAGAUGAACAGGCUUUCCCAGCCCUUUCCAGCUCAUCAGUUAGUCAGUCAGCUUCUCAGAGCAGCAACCCAUGCGUCCAGAGAAAAUCAUCACAUGUGGGUGACAGAAAAGGAAGCAGGCGGAGAGGGGAUCCCGAAGAACGAAAAGAUAAAGACUCUAUCCAUGGGCAUGUUCACUUGGAUAAAAAACCCGAGCCAAGCACAUUGGAGAAUAUUAGUGAUGAUAAAUGUGCAAGAGUUUCAUCACCGUCAAAGUCAAAGAAAUUGGAGUGCCCACCUCCUGCAGAACAAAAGCCAGCAGAACACGUGUCUUUGUCAAAUCCAGCUCCCCUUCUAGUUUCUCCAGAGGUACAUCUAACUCCUGCGGUGCCUUCUUUACCAGCCACUGUGCCAGCCUGGCCAAGUGAACCUACAACUUUUGGACCAACAGGUGUUCCUGCUCAAAUUCCCGUUUUGUCUGUGACACAGACUCUGACCACUGGACCCGAUUCUGCUGUGUCCCAAGCUCAUUUAACACCCUCUCCAGUUCCUGUGUCAAUACAGGCAGUUAACCAGCCCAUGAUGCCUUUGCCUCAGACAAUGAGCCUUUACCAAGACCCACUCUAUCCUGGGUUUCCUUAUAAUGAAAAGGGAGAUCGAGCCAUUGCACCACCUUAUUCACUGUGUCACACUGGGGAGGACCUGCCUAAAGAUAAGAACAUUCUUCGAUUCUUCUUCAAUCUUGGUGUAAAGGCAUAUAGUUGUCCCAUGUGGGCCCCGCACUCUUACCUGUACCCUUUGCACCAGGCCUAUCUGGCAGCCUGCAGGAUGUACCCAAAGGUCCCUGUCCCUGUGUAUCCUCAAAACCCUUGGUUCCAAGAAGCUCCUUCUGCUCAGAAUGAAAGUGAUUGUACCUGUACCGACGCACACUUUCCUAUGCAGACUGAGGCCAGUGUUAAUGGUCAGAUGCCACAGGCAGAGAUUGGACCACCAACAUUUUCUUCACCUCUGGUUAUCCCUCCAUCUCAGGUGUCUGAAAGUCAUGGACAGUUGUCUUACCAGGCUGAUCUUGAAUCUGAAAACUCUGGACAGCUUCUUCAUGCUGAAUAUGAAGAGUCACUAAGUGGCAAGAAUAUGUUCCCACAGCCGUCCUUUGGACCCAAUCCAUUCUUAGGCCCAGUUCCCAUUGCACCUCCUUUCUUUCCUCAUGUUUGGUAUGGGUACCCUUUUCAGGGAUUUGUAGAAAAUCCAGUAAUGAGGCAGAAUAUUGUUUUGCCUUCUGAUGAGAAAGGAGAAUUGGAUCUGCCCCUGGAAAAUUUGGAUCUGUCUAAAGAAUGUGGUUCAGGUCCAGCAGUAGAGGAGUUUCAGGAGGCCAGAGGUGAAGGCACACAUUGUCUCCCUGAAGCCAGUGUGAGUAAGCAUGAAGGCCGGGUGGAGCAGUCGUCCCAGACACCUAAGGCAGAUCUGGCAUUGGCUUCCGUCCCUCCUGUAGCAGAGGGAAAGGCUCCUCUUCCCACUCAGAUUCUGAACAGAGAGAGAGAAACUGUGCCUGUCGAACUUGAGCCUAAAAGGACCAUUCCAAGUCUGAAAGAAAAACCAGAAAAAGUGAAAGAUCCUAAGACUGCUGCUGACGUGGUCAGUGGGGCCAACUCUGUGGAUAGCAGAGUGCAAAGACCAAAAGAAGAGAGUUCAGAAGACGAAAGUGAAGUGUCUAAUAUUCUGAGAAGUGGUAGAUCCAAGCAGUUCUAUAAUCAGACUUACGGAGGCAGGAAGUACAAAAGCGAUUGGGGCUAUUCUGGUAGGGGAGGAUAUCAACACGCGAGAGGUGAGGAGUCCUGGAAAGGGCAGCCAAGCAGAAACCGAGACGAAGGUUAUCAGUACCAUCGCAAUGUCAGAGGACGGCCGUAUAGGGGGGACAGGAGAAGAUCAGGGAUGGGAGACGGCCAUCGGGGACAACACACUUGAUGGUUGUUGCUGCGGGAUUUUAGAGCAGAAACCCUUUCUUAGGUGGAAUGUUUCUGAAGGCUUUAAAAAAAUACAUUAAAAUAAAAACCCAAAUUGGAACUCUCUCCUCCCCUCCCCCUUUACCCUCACUCCCAUCUUGGACAACAGAUUUUGGAUAUGCAUUCAAGGGGGCAGGUGAAUUCCUGGCAUUGCCAUUUUUCUUUGUUCAAAAUCUGUUUAUUGGGUGACUGCUCCCAUAAAAAGUAGAAAAUGUUUGUUAAAGUAUUUUUUAUAAACAGCUUAAUAUAAAACAUUAUAGAUUUAGCGUUUGGUUUUUUUCCUCAUAUAAGUUUAAUUUCAAAUGUUGGAAAUGUGUGCUUUAUAGUGUUUACUAAAGUGACAAGAAAAUAUACCAUUUGACACACUAUAGAUUCCAAAACAUAACAUUGCACCAAAUAGAAAUGUAUAUUUUAUUAUGCAAUGCCUUAGUCAUAAACUGGGCUCAAACAAUUCUUAGCCUAAAACACUGUUGUCUUUUGAAAUGCUUCCAACCCAAAGGCCUUUCAUCUCAGUAUCUGUCAAACUUGAAUAAUGUCUUCUCUUUAAUAUUACACAUAAGGCAGCCUAUUAACCUGUGUCUUAGAAAUGUUGUAUAUAGUUCUUUUAAUAUUCAUAGGGUAUAUUUUUGAAUUUUGGUGAGUAUUUGUUGAACUUGAGAUCGCGUACAAGAACAGAUGUUUAAGAAAUAAUAGGAAAUCUAAUGAAAUGGCUGUUUCCACCAAGAAUUCUUAGCACUGGUGUAAAUAUCAUGGUGCCUACUCGAAAGAAAUGUAGAUGCUAUGCAUUUUGAAAAUAAUCUGCAUCUGUUAAAACUGCAGAAAUUUUUUAAUGCCACUUUAACACUAAUGCACUGACAGAUUUAAAUAUUUUGUGAGAAGAAAAGUUAAAUUUUUAGCUUGACAGGUUUCUAUAGAGUUACUGUGUUUUGUUUUUCUCUUUGCACCAUUAGUUAUGUAUAUCACUUUACAUUUGCAUGUUCAAUUUGUCACGGCUGGAACUAUUGUACAAAAAAGGAUGAUUGUGACUUCUAGUUCUUUUCUAGAGGAUGCUGCUAGAAAAUGGUUUUGCUUUGCAUUUUUAUAGCUUGUCAACCCUUUGGUAACAUGUCUCUGAUCCUGCUUCCUUCCAGUCUUUGCAGUAUUCACUAGAAGUUCCCUUUGCAUGUUGCACUCUGUUCUCAUUUGGAGAUUUGACUCUGAAUUAACACAGUAUUCAUUUAUCUGUGUUACUGUGUAAAAAUAACUGUAGCUUAUAUUUCUUAUUUGUACAUACCAAUGUGAAAAUCUACCCUUUUUUAUGUUCUCUUUUGAUCAGGAAGUUUGAGUGCUAUGCAAAUAACGUAGUAAUUUCUCUUUGCAUGCCACGUGUAAUAUACCUAGCCAAAAAUAGGUUUUUUUUUUUUUUAAAGCAAAUUACUUUAAAAGCAAAUACAAUUCACUUGAAUUUGACAAACUGAAGCAGAUGAGUUUUCUGGGUUCUCUGAUAACCCGCAGGAAUGUUGGGAUGCCAGCUAGGCUCAGUGAAUCUCCGCUGUACUGUAAUAAUGGUUAUUUACCUCUGUGGUUUUAAUUACCUAAUGUCUGUGUAACUGCUGAUUUGAGUAGUGAUUAGCAUUUAGAUGUUUUGUAACAUAGGAUUUUAGACAGCACUUUGAAAGAUAACAUUUUAUUAUGAUGGUGCUAGGUAAAAAUUUGUAAAGACUGGGAUGGUUGUGUGGAAAAAAAUUCUUGAGAGAACCUGUUGAAAGGAACUUCUGUUGUCACCUUCUAAAGCUAGAACAAUUGAGGAAGGUACUCCUUAAGCCAUUUUUUUCUUAGUUAACAUCAACAGUUGUUAUGAAAUGAAGAUUAGAGGGUCCUCCACUUUCAGCUAAUGCUUUAUUAUGUAGAAUUAGCCUAACCUGAUAAUUUUUAUGAAAAUCACAUUUACAUACAAUGACUAGAUUUAAGAGUUCAAUAGUGUGAUCUCAGGAGUCCAAAAGAAAUUGCUAUUUCUAGUGUCCUUUGUUUUAUUGACUGGGAUUUGAUUGUCUCAGUUUCUUCUGGAAAUGUUUAAAAAUUGGAUAGGAAAGAAUACUGCUCAUUUCUUCACUGUCACUCUGUCUUACCUCAAUUGAGUAACAGAAUACUCUAUAGUUCCUGAAGGAAAUACUGAUUUCUUUCCUGUUUUCCAUAACUUACCUCCAGGACAUGAUGGAAACAGUGCUGAAAGAGAAGUUUAGGAGAUGGUACUUUACUCAGUGACCUCUGGAAUAAAAGAACUCUGACUUUUGUUAAUUAGUUUUAAAAUUAUCAGUCUUUGUAUGAAGGUCAGUUUUGUUUUUCUCCUUUAGGUUUGUUUGUAUUAGCCCAGGGGAUUUUGCCUUAUGCUGAGGUCAAACUAGGGCCAAGCAAGCUUUUGUCGUCCUCCAUUUUAACUGAAUCAGAGGUAUGUUGACAUGAACUAUAAUGUUUCUAUAUAAGAGAAAAACAAAAGCUUAGAAGUGAGAAUCAUUUGUAUUUUGAGUUGGAAAUUAUGGAACUUGACUGUAUUAUGAUCUUACACAUUUUGAAGAACAAAUGUUUAGAAUGACCAAAGCUCACCUUUCUUUUUCGUUUUAGGUAGUUGCUUUUGCUAAACUUGACUGCUGUCCCUUUCCUUUUAGUAUCGUGUGUAUUUCUCUUCAAUUUCAUUUCCUCUCAGAUCAAUCUUCAACUCUUGCUCCAUGUACUGGUUGGCAGCAGGAUGUUAGCAUCUGUGUAGUCCUCAUUCGUUUCCUGGUAACCCAUGCGUUCAUUUUCACGGCUGACCUAAGCUCAGACCCUGCCUUGACCUGGUAGGAGUGGGUUUUCCCAAACCACAAUGCUGAUACAGCUUAUUUGAUGCAAACUAUACUUGCAGUGUUUCCUUUGUGACUCAAGGUUGAAUUAAAAUGCCUGUGAACUGCAAACUUGCUUAUGAUUGACUUGGUGCAAUACAGUUCCUUUCUAACCAUUUCUGGUUUAGAAAACAUUCAGCCAUCCUAGAAACUAGCAAUAUUUAUUUAUGCCUCAUUUAUUUUACCUUCACUUUUAGAUGAGGUAACCUUAGUCUUUCACUUCUGGGUACUAAGCAAGGUCCAUUUUAGUGUAGCUGAGGAGAAUGCAUAUUUGGCUACACUAUUUCUGUUUACUGUAUUUUGCUUCCUAUUUAAUGUCUAAAUGCUAUUGUGUUUUUGUUUAAAAUCUUAAUGGCUCAGUUCCAGUAUGUCACUUUCAAAGAACUAAGGUUUUGCUACUAGUGUCAGCCAUUUACUCUCCCACUAAUUGGGAUCUUUUCCCCCUGAAAUGUUUUAGAAAAUCCUAGAAGAGGGUGGGUGCAUGUCUUAAUGCUGGGAAACAGCAAUUUUGGGGUUGAAUUUACUUGAAUGGAUUAAAAAUUGCAUUGUUACAGAGCUAGAAAAAAGUUUAUGUAUGAAAAAUAAUAGCCUUACACUGAGUACAAAUAAUACUUAAAAGCAUGUGAAGAUGUGAUCAUUUGUGAUGUUACUUGUAAAAAAGUAUAUAUACAUAUCUUUUGAAGUGUUGAAAGGAAAAUAGUACUUUAUAUUCUUUAUCAUAUCACAUUUUGUAAGUGUUGAAUAUAUUCCUGUUUAUUUUUCUAUGUUCUGUUUUGUAGCCUUAAGAAGUGUUUCAAACAUAUCUGAAUGUAUAAAAUAAGAGUAAAUGCCCUACAUGGUGUGAUGCUGCAUUAUAUAUAAAACUGUGUGCAUAUAUAUAAAAUUUUGUCUCUUGAUUCUGCUUGUGAUUCUUUGGUUCCAGGGUUAACCAAGUAAUAUAGCAUAUAAAUCUUAGACGAAUUUUAGUCAAACUUCUAAAAGUAGGAGAUGGUUUCCAUGGUUUUUAUCCAGGCAGAAGUUAAUUCUAGUAUGUGCAACUAAACACAUAGGCUUUAUAAUCCAUGGGGUAGGUAACUCUUCUUUUCCCUACUUUAUAUAUAUAGCCACACACUGCAGAACAACGAUGCCUGGUAUAUAUGACAGUGGUCGACGUAGCCUAGGUGUGUAGGUUAUGUCAUGUAGGUUUGUUUAAGUACACUCUGGUGUUCACACGAUGAUGAAAUUAACUAAUGAUGUUAUUUCUCAAAGUGUCUCUGUCGUUAAGCAACACACAACUGUAUAAUAAAACUGACAGGCCAAGUAAUUUGAGUAAGGUCAUGCAUCUAACAAGUGGUAGAAUGUGGAUUUGAACCUAGCUCAGUGGUUUUAGAGCUAAUGGCGAUGUGUGGAAUAUCUAAGAAUUUAUGGAUUUAAAUGGCCCUUUUUUUUAAAGUUAGUAUUCAGUAAUAUUUGUCUUCUGAAGAAAAGUAAAGCAAAUCUUUUCGAAGUUUUAUUUGAAAACAAAGGUAGCAAGUAUACAUAAGGUACUUUGAAAACCCAAGUUUCUUAAGGCUGUAUUUCUACAUUAAAUCAAGUCACCUAAGAAUAUUGCUAGUCAAUACUUGUUUAACCUACUUACUAUUUGGACUGUUUUAGAAUAGCUUCCCCAGAAAGCACAGCCUGAAAAAAAGCUUCAUUCAGUGCAAGUGUUUGAUAGAAAGGUGAUCUAGGAACAAGGGGCAGCAAGCAGGGAAGGACAAGUUGGUUAGUCCUAUAGGCUGGUUUGGGACUGCCUGAGGGAGGUGAGUGAGGGGGGGCAGUAUAGAACCUUGGGGGGAUUGCAGGGAGAAAGGAAGGAGAAAAGGGGGAAGCCUUUAUCUGUCAGCUGGGUGAGUGCCAGUGCCUCUCCCCACUGAGUCAAUGCAGAAGCCAGAGGAUGGGGAGGAUAGCAACGCGGAUGUCUGUUGGUGCUGGGUGAGCCCUUGGAGAAUUGGUUGCUUGAAGUGGAUGGGAUAAAAAGGUGAGACAGGUGACCAGUGCUCCACAAGAAAUAUCCUAUACAGGGUUUCUUUGAAAGUUUUCUAUAUUAGAAGGGCCUGCUUUUCACUUUGAAUAUUUGUUAACACUUUUACUUGACUUUUAGGUUCAUGUCUAGGGAAUAGUAUGAGAAUCUAAACUACAAAACAAGUCAACACAGCUUCCCUUCAUAACUAAAUUUAUAAGCUCAUCCAAAAGUGUGAAUCAUGCACUCCCCAGAAUAGUGAAGCUUACAGACAUUGGUACAAACGUGUUAGUUUUUAGAUUAAUCCUAUGAGUUUAUUAGAGAAGCUGGAGCUUCAAAGUCAACCCUUUAUAAAUACAUACCAUUCCUGUAAUUACAUUUUAUUUUUCACAUUUAGAAAAAAUCUUAUAAAGAUUAAAGAUGUGAACUGUGUGGUUCUUAUGGCCUCAUAUUCUUUUGGAUAUUCUACCUAACUGGCAAAUUAUUAACAGAUUUCAACAACAAAAAUUCUGUAUAAUGUAACUUUUUUCUUUUAAAUUAAAACUGGCUUUAGAUUAACUGCCUUCAGGAGUAGAAAACAAUGUAAUGCUAUGUACCUACCUAGGGAUAUACCUGUUAGUGUGUAACUUGUUGCAUGCUUCCUGUAAGUUACUUUGUACAUUAGGAGUUAGUAAAAGCAUUUAAGUCCUUUAUAAUUUUAUAAGCUAUGUUUACACAUCAGUUCCAGAAACGGAGACCAGAAACCAGUAGCAGUAGACAUGAAGUGACACCAAGGCUGCACUCCAUGAGAAAGGAUGGAUGGACAUGGUUGCCAGUCUCAGCUGAGAACUGUGUAGGUAAGAGACAGACUUGGGCACGUGCAAGGUUGGUGGCUGGAACUAACAUUUGCAUUAAAGCCAGGAGCACCUCAGUAAUAGUAGACAUUUUCUGUAGACAAACCUCUCCUGGCCUGGGUUCUAGAUUUUUACAGGAAAAAAAAACCCACAACAAAACCCUGAGGAUGUUAUCACAUUUGUUUAGGUUUGAGGUCCAGGAAUCUGCAAGCUAAGAUGAAAAGUGGUUCCAAACUGAUCAUACACUUGGGUCACCUGGCAGAAGCAGACAGAAAGCCUUUGGAAAGGCAGACCUCAGCCAAGGAACCAAGGUUACUUUAACAGAAAACCAGUUUGACUUAUUGUAACUUAAACAAAUAGGGAUUUAUUUCCAUUUCAUAAGAAAUCUGGAGAGAAGUGGCUGCUAGCAAUUGUCCAGUGUUUGAUGUCAGGACUAGCAUCCUUGUGGCUUUCUUGGCAUUUCCUUUGUGUCACCUUAUAUGCACAACACAUCCACAAGAAGCAGUACCAGAUAUGUAUCUCCUUUUAUUAGGAAAGCUAGAGGACUUCCAGAAACACCCCAGAAGAUUUUUACUUUCAACUUACUGGCUAGAACUGGUCAACAUGGCCAUGCCUAGCUGCAAGAGAGUAGGAAAAUAUAGAAGAGGAUUGUCAUGGUUGUCUUAGCCCAAUUAUGACCCACCCUUGGGGGCUGGGCACACUGCCUACCCUAUCAAAUUGGCAAGGAAGGAGGUGCUGGUGAGUAAGAGGUUGGAAGGAAAAGGGGACUGUUUGGCCUUAGAAUUUUCACAGAUAAAGCCUCACUGAACAUCAGCUCACAAAUUAAAAUAAUACAAGGAAACGAUCCUCCCAAGAGGAAGAGGUAGCAGACACAUUACAAAGCAAUACAUGAGUUAAAUGGACAGGCUCUAAAUAUUUCAAAAGAUUAAGACAAUGGAAUAAAAAAAUUAAAAAAUUAUAAGCUUCUGAACUGCUAUCUUGAAAAUUCUUGUUGCUUCUCUAAUUUUGCUGUCUCUUCAGUCUCUACUUUGAGCAUGUAGAAACCUCGAACUUAAAUCUUGAAGGCACAGGAAAUCCUCUACAACCUGCCCGUGUGCAUCCUUUCACUAACCUCUUCAAUGCCUGUGCUGAUUCUACCUGACCUGACAUGUAUUCUACUUUACAUGGAUUACCUUAUUAUUUAUCCUUAGAGGUGCUGUUUUUCCUGGGAGCUACUUCCUUCACGCUUUCUGACUCUCCAACCCAGAACUAUUUCUCUUCUGAGCGCUCAUAAUACACCAGGCACUGGACUAAGAGCUUGACAUACACUAUCUAAAUGUUAAUGAAUAUGAAAUUAUAGAACCUACUGAGUAGUUGUCCAGUCUUCCUACUUUCUCUCUGGCAAGUAGAUUCAUUCCUUCAACACAGUAGGCAAAGUACACGCCAGACACCAAACUCUACACUGAGUUAUAAGCAAGAGAUACUGGACUGGACUUGAAGACGCCAUGGUCCAAACUUAGGUUAACUUAAACUGCUUUUGUCAAGACCGCUGUACACUAGUUGAGCAUCAUAAAUGUGGAUUAUCUUGGGGCCAGCGCCAUGGCCGAGUGGUUAAGUUUGCGUGCUCUGCUGCAGCGGCCCAAGGUUUUGCCAGUCCAGAUCCUAGGCACGGACAUGGCACCGCUCAUCAGGCCACGCUGGGGCAGCGUCCUUCACAGCAC